AGGUAGACUGCCAAAGUAAUGACAACGCAAGAAACCUGCUUUCUUUUGCAAAGCUUUUGUAUCAGUGAUUGUGGGAAAGUUUUGCAAUCAUGGUAAGAAGGAAAUCCAAGGUUUAAAAAAAUGCAGUGGAGCGCUCCACUUGGAGUAGGCAGCACUUUUGCUGUGACGUUGCUCUGGCUUCAAGCCUAAAAGCCCUAGGGCACGGGAAAGAAACAGCCUGAUGUCGCAGUGACACAAAGAAAACCUACAUAUCACAUCUGGAGGAGGAAAACCAUGGACAGGCCAAUCACUGCUGGCCAACUUAAAGACAAAUCACUUUUCCAGGACAGCGAUGGCAGCGCAGUUCCUGCCAAGAGUGUGUGCCAUAUUUGUUCAAAGCUAAAGAUAUUUCUUGGAGCUCUAGCUUUUUCCUUUUUUGCCAGAGGACUUUCUGGAAGCUACAUGAAGAGCAUGUCCAGUCAAAUUGAAAGAAGAUUUGAAAUCUCAUCAUCAAUUGUUGGCAUUAUUGAUGGCAGCUUUGAGAUAGGUAAUUUAAUGGUAAUGGUGUUGGUGAGCUACCUUGGACCAAGAGUUCAUCGACCAAAAGUAAUUGCUGUUGGAUGUCUCAUCAUGUCCUUAGGAGCAUUUUUGUCAGUGAUGCCUCAGUUCCUAAUGGGACGUUAUAAUUAUGAAAGAAUAACUGUUACUGUGGACAACUCCUCUACGAGUGUAUCAGCUUGCUCCCCAGCGUUGUCUGGGAGCCAUCCAGUCACAGAUGCUACAGAAACACCCAGCGCGAUGAAAAAUUUCGGAUGUGAGAAAACAACGAAUUCCUAUCUGUGGCUCUUUGUGUUGAUGGGGAACCUUUUACGUGGAAUUGGGGAAGCACCAGUUAUGCCACUGGGAGUUUCAUAUAUUGAUGAUUUUUCUAAAGAAGAAAACUCAGCAUUUUACAUAGGCCUGGUGAGAUCCUCGGGCAUGUUUGGGCCAACCCUGGGAUUCCUGCUUGGAUCUUUCUGUGCCAGCCUCUGGGUUGACGUUGGCAUUGUGGAUAUCGAUGCUAUCAGCAUAAAUCCCAAGGAUACCCGUUGGGUUGGUGCCUGGUGGCUUGGAUUGCUUAUCUGUGGAGCAGUCAACUUCAUUGCUUCAUUGCCUUUCUGGUUUUUGCCUUACUCCUUACCAAAAGAAGGAGAGAAUGAAAACCUGAAGAUUACUCAUUUGCCUGUUCAAGGAGAUCACUGUAAAAUAGACCCCCCAGCUCAGCCACAGUUAAAGUUCUCAGAGGCAGUAAAAGAUUUCUUCCCAGCUCUGAAGAAGCUGUUUGGAAAUCCAAUUUUCCUGGUGUACAUCUUCCUCACUAUUCUGCAGUACAAUUCCCUUGUUGGGUUAAUAACCUAUGAGACAAAGUUUAUGGAGCAGCAAUUUAAUGUGUCAGUGGCAAGGGCCAUCUUUCUAAUUGGUGUGAUACUUUUACCCGUCACAAUCCUGGGGAUGUUUCUAGGAGGAUUUCUGAUCAAGAAAUUCAAACUUCACAUAACUGAAAUGGCAAAGUUUGCGUGCAUCACCUUUAUAGUAGCAUAUUUGUUAAACCUCUUGUACUUUAUGUGUAGUUGUGAGGUGCUCCAGGUGGCUGGACUGACAGCACCCUACUCUGGACUAAAGCAUCUUUCCUCCCCCAAAACCAGCUUCGUGGCCAGCUGCAACACUGACUGCAGCUGCAAGCUGGAUCAGUGGGACCCUGUAUGUGGGGAUAAUGGGAUCACUUACAUGACGGCCUGCUUUGCUGGAUGUAAAUCAUCGACUGGGAUGGGAAAGAAUAUGGUGUUCCACAAUUGCAGCUGUGUGGAAGGACGAGGGCGUGGGCUUGGCAACUCCUCUGCAGUUUUGGGACAAUGCCAAAGAGAAAGCUGUACCAAAGCAUUUCCCUAUUUUUUAGCAUUACAGACUGCAUGUGCAUUUAUUUUAGCCUUAGGAGGCACUCCUACAUACAUGAUUAUGUUUAGAUCUGUUUCACCAGACCUGAAAUCCUUUGCUGUUGGGAUCGAAACUUUAGGUGGUAGAGUACUAGGAGGACUCCCAGCCCCUAUUUAUUUUGGUGCCUUGAUAGAUGAAACCUGCUUGAAAUGGGGGACAAAAAACUGUGGGGGAUCUGGAUCUUGCCGGGUAUACGACACGAAAGCAUUCAGAAAUGUCUAUCUUGGCCUCAUUGCAGGACUACGGGCAGGAUGCUGUCUCUUAUACAUAGUGCUCUCUGUUUUAAUAAUGAAACGCUUCAAACCAGAUGGCAAAGAGAUGACAGAUAUUAAAAAUACAGAAAGAUCAACCAGCAAAGAACCAGAUACUGCCAACAGAAAAGAAAUUCUUCCUGGUGCAAGAACCUCAGAGGAGAGUGAGGAAACUUGUAUGUAAAAAAGAAACAAGGUCUUUUCAUAACUUUGCCUAUGCUUCAGUUUUUUCUAAGCACAACAGGAGUCUAAUUACUGGCUUCAACAGCUAGUUUACAUUUUGGAGGUCCAAAAAAAUGUCUUUGAAACAUUGACUUUUAAUUUGCUUUACCUUAUCCUCUGCUUCUCCUCAUCUGAAACAAUAGAGGAAAAAGGUUUUCAAAAUUUUGGGGAACUCUCCCAUCCUCUUGCUCUCAGUCCCUUUCUAGACCAACAGUAGGACUAGCCGAAAUUUUUCAAGUGUCAUAAAUUUGAUUAUGAUUGAAAAAUUAAAAAGAAGAGAUCCACAAUAAGCUGCUUUUCCAUUUUUCACAGACUUCAUUUCAAGUCCUCUUGCUCUGUACUUAGGCCUAUAGCUCUCAAUGGCCAAUCAAGUUACACUUGCCCAGUUGCUCUGACGACCUUUGCUGCGUGGUUCAUGGCCAGAGCUCUUUGUUCCAGACUGGGUCCCAUGGCCCAUGCUCAGGUGAGAGCCCCGGGGCCGUCACUGAGCACUCUCUGAACAAGAACUGCACAAUGACUCUGGGGUUUGGCUUGAACACUUUAAACAAUCAAAAUGGAUUGCAAACAUAAGAAAGUGGUGUAUUAAUUUUGCAGCACAUCUCAGUAUUGGGUUUGAGUAAAAUGACUCUGAACUGAUGCAAGAAAGUGACAGGUGUUUAUGUUCCUUUGACUUUUUUUGGUGUGUGUGGGGGGGCUUUUUUAUCCUAAUGACCACUGCUUUUAUACCAUAUGUAUAGAGGUUUCCUUUCUUGUCUAAGGAACCUCCAGUAAGCCUUGAAAUACAGUGCUAAAAACUUGCAAAUUCACAGCUUUCCACAGACAGCCUAGUCCAGGGAGAAUCUUUAAUAAAGGAUGCUUCCAACAGUCA